AUGUGUCCCUCUACUACUUUUUAUCUCUACGUUGCCCGGAGAACCGGCGGCAGGGGUGUCCUGGAAAAAGGGACCGCGCAUGCGCCAGGAGGAGGUCAGCUUCUUGGUAAGGGAGCUUUUGCAACAGGGAAUGUGCAUAUAUGCGUGUGACGGGAGCUGGGGUGCUUCGUGCACAGGGGUCCGUUGGAGACUGUGUACUGGGGAAGGCCUGUAAAACAGAUUGGGAGGUGAAGGAGAGGGUGGAUUGCAAUGCAAAGGUUGCAAACCCCAGAAUGCAAGAGGGGCGUCCCUGGCUGAUACCCAGCUCUACCUCUCUCUCAAAUCAGAACCAGUGAAGGCGGUGAAGGUCCUGUGUGAGUGUCUGGAGGCGGUUGGAGGAUGGAUGGCGGAUAACAGAUUGAGGUUGAAUCCUGACAAGACAGAAGUACUGUUUUGGGGGGACAGGGGGCGGGCAGGUGUGGAGGAUUCCCUGGUUCUCAAUGGGGUAACUGUGCCCCUGAAGGACCAGGUGCGCAGCAUGGGAGUCUGGUACACAGGCUGAGACCCUACCUGCCCACAGACUGUCUCACCAGAGUGGUGCAUGCUCUGGUUAUCUCCCGCUUGGACUACUGCAAUGCGCUCUACGUGGGGCUACCUUUGAAGGUGACCUGGAAACUACAACUAAUCCAGAACGUGGCAGCUAGACUGGUGACUGGGAGUGGCCACCGAGACCAUAUAACACCGGUCUUGAAAGACCUACACUGGCUCCCAGUACGUUUCCGAGCACAAUUCAAAGUGUUGGUGCUGACCUUUAAAGCCCUAAACGGCCUCAGGCCUGUAUACCUGAAGCAGCGUCUCCACCCCCAUCAUUCAGCCCGGACACUGAGAUCGAGCACCGAGGGCCUUCUGGCAGUUCCCUCGCUGCGAGAAGCCAAGUUACAGGGAACCAGGCAGAGGGCCUUCUCGGUAGUGGUUCCCGCCCUGUGGAACACCCUCCCACCAGAUGUCAAAGAGAACAACUACCAGACUUUUAGAAGACAUCUGAAGGCAGCCCUGUUUAGGGAAGCUUUCAAUGUUUGAUGUAUUACAGUAUUUCAAUAUUUUUUUUGGAAGCUGCCCAGAGUGGCUGGGGAAGCCCAGCCAGAUGGGCGGGGUAUAAAUAUAUUAUUAUUAUUAUUAUUAUUAUUAACAUGGUGCAAAGCGGCAGAGGCAGCCCCCAAGUUAAGGCAAUGCGGGCUGAGCGCGUUUCCACCCCUCUCUUACUCCAAAGAGUGCUCCCUGCUUACUUGCAGGCGCACAACAACCCUGUGAGGUAGGCGAGUCCGAGAGGGUGGGAGCAAAAGGUCAGCCCUAUUGGCUUCAUGUCCUGCCAACCUAGCAGUUCGAAAGCACGUCAAAGUGCAAGUAGAAAAAUAGGUACCACUCCGGCAGGAAGGCAAACGCCGUUUCCGUGUGCUGCUCUGGUUCGCCAGAAGCGGCUUAGUCAUGCUGGCCACAUGACCCGGAAGCUGUACGCCGGCUCCCUCGGCCAAUAAAGCGAGAUGAGUGCCGCAACACCAGAGUCGUCCGUGACUGGACCUAAUGGUCAGGGGUUCCUUUACCUUUUUAUUAGCUUCAUGGCCUUGCAGAGAUCUGAACUCUGGUCUCCCAGGCUGAUGCUCUUGAACCACUGAGCAGUGCUGGAGGCAGGGGUGGGGGUUGCAAAUCCGAUACACGCGGGUGUCUCUGGUGGGUGGGUGCAACACAGCUGCCUUGGUGGGAGGGGAGGAGGCUAUGGGUAUGGGUGGGAACACACCUUUGGACUUCAAGGUGUGAAAAUAGCAAAUUUAACCUCAGGCAGCACGGACCAUGGGAGGCAGAUUGCGCAUGGAAGCGCACGGAAUUGCACCAAGGUGCAGUAAACAACCAUCGUGGAAUGCGAGCAUGUGCAAGCCUGUGGCACAGUGUGCUCACUGCAUCCAACAUUCCUCCUCCGUGCUUUCCUGAUUUAUUGGCGGAGCGACUCGUAAACAAAAUUGCUUUCACUAACGUAUUAAUUUUUAGGCGGCAAUUGAAGCGGUAAAUUUAAAGCUUUGAUCGGUGCUUUUUAGGUGACAGUAAGCCCUUCCAAGUCCUGGCAGAUAUGUGUGUUUGAUUUCUGCAGGUGGAAGAGAGAGAGCAGAAGCUGAUAUGUCUCAGGACUUACGCUGUCUGUUUGCAGGACAUCUUGAAUUUCAGAAUUAUUGCUUUCCAGGAUUCAUACACAUUUUAGAGUUGGAAGGUGUUUUGCAGGUUGUCUCGUCCAACAGGCACCUUCCUCCUCCAUAUCAUCAGUGUUGUCCUGGUAGAACUCAGCAAGGGACAGGAUAGGGACUAAACGAAUUGGCUUUGCCUGUCAUUUAGUUUGCUCUGCUUGUCAUUGACUCUGGCGCCACCUACUGUUCGGCUCCUUCCCUUCCACCCUACCAGUCUCAAUGGGCACCAACCGCCAGGCAGCUGCAGUUGUUUAAAUUGUUCUUGCGUAGCCAGACAUUACAAUGAUCAUUUUAUACAGCUUUUAAUAAUUUUAUAAGCAUGCUUUUGUAUUGUUGUACACUACCCUGAUAAUUUAUGGGAGGGCAGUAUACAAAUAGUUUUAUUAAAUACAUAAAUAUAAAUAAAAUGGCUUUUAAUCAAUCAGUUAUACAUAAUGUAACACAUCUUAUAAAUUGAUAUAUAAACGAAGAGUCACCUUCACCUUUUGAUUAGAGAUGCAUGAUUAAUACCUCUUAUAUCAUAAUAAAUACCACAAUUGUAUUUUGAAUUAAAGACAAUAUUUACGUACAGAACACAAUACUUAUAUUCAGAACAUUAUAAACCAAGAAUUUAUUUCCGAUAUCAAGUUUAAAUUUUUACUGUACUGAAUAAAUUUUCUCCUUACUAGGGAGUAAGGCCUCUGCAACUCAGUGGGGCUUACCUCUGAGUAAAUGCUUUGCCUUUAAAACUGCAGCUCCUCUAAGAUAAGAUCCAGGAGCAGAGCUGGUUACAGUGUCCUGGCCAAAAAGGACAGAACAGCUCCUGCUACACAGUCGAAAGUCCUCGAAUUUGUGGCUGAUUCUCAUGGAUAUGAAAAUGUAUGAAUAAUAAUAUGUGUGUGUGUGUGUGUGUGUGUGUGUGUGUGUGUGUGUGUAUGUAUGUAUGUAUGUAUGUAUAUAUACCGGCUGGGUUUCCCCAGCCACUCUGGGUGGCUCCCAACAGAAUAUUAAAAACAUCAGUCAUUAAAAACUUCCCUAAACAGGGCUGUCUUCAUACGCCUUCUAAAUGUCAAAUAGUUGUUUAUUUCCUUGAUAUCUGAUGGGAGGGGGUUCCACAGGGCAGGCGCCACUACCGAGAAGGCCCUCUGCCUGGUUCCCUGUAACCUUACUUCUCGCAGCUAGGGAACCGCCAGAAGGCCCUCAGAGCUGGACCUCAGUGUUUGGGCUGAACGAUGGAGGUGGAGAUGCUCCUUCAGGUAUACAGGACCAAGGCUAAUGAAUGACUAAAUUGCAGGCUGAAUGACAACUGUUUUAGCUGUCGCUUCAGGGAUGCAAACCUUGACGUUGGGGUUGCUUGUGCAAUUUGACUAAUACUCCUGCAAAUCUGUCUCGCUUUCUUUGAGGAGCUGGUCGAUCGCAGGCGAUGGCUCCCCUCCCGGGAGCGGAGCUGGUGAAAAGCCCUCUGCAGCUGUACCGAUACCUGCUGCGUUGCUGCAAGUUGCUGCCAGGGAAGAAUGUCCAGGAGCACUACAAGCACAUGAUCCGGCAGGUAAGGAAGAAGACUUAGACCUGUUGUUGUUGUUUAGUCGUUUAGUCGUGUCCGAUGCUUCGUGACCCCGUGGACCAGAGGACGCCAGGCACUCCUGUCUUCCACUGCCUCCCGCAGUUUGGUCAAACUCAUGCUGGCAGCUUCAAGAACACUGUCCAACCAUCUCUGUCCUCCCCUUCUCCUUGUGCCCUCCAUCUUUCCCAACAUCAGGGUCUUUUCCAGGGAGUCUUCUCUUCUCAGGACGGGGCCAAAGUAUUGGAGCCUCAGCUUCAGGAUCUGUCCUUCCAGUGAGCACUCAGGGCUGAUUUCCUUCAGAAUGGAUAGGUUUGAUCCUCUUGCAGUCCAUGGGACUCUCAAGAAUCUCCUCCAGCACCAUAAUUCAAAAGCAUCAAUUCUUCAGCGAUAAGCCUUCUUUAUGGUCCAGCUCUCACUUCCAUACAGCACUACUGAGAAAACCAUGGCUUUAACUAUAUGGACCUUUGUUGGCAAGGUGAUGUCUCUGCUGUCUAGGACUUAGACCUAGGAUCAUAGAAUUGUAGAUUUGGAAGGGGCCAUGAGGUUCAUCUUAGUUCAAUGCCCUGCAACGCAGGAACCUUUCGCUCAAUGUGGGGCUCAAACCCUUGACCCUGAGGUUAAGCAUCUCAUGCUGUACUGGCUGAGUUAUCCCAGCAAGUGUCCCUGGGAUGCUGAAUACUGGGAGCUUGCUUUGUACCAAGUCUAGUUCAGUAUCACAGUAGCUCUCCGGGAUUUCAGGCCGGGAACACGCCCAACCUGAUUGCCCUGUCACCUAAACGUAAAGUUAGGGCUGUUGUCCUACUCCAAGUAGACCCACUGAAAAUCUUGGACAGGGCUAACUUGGUUCCCUUAGUUCCAGCGGGUCUCCUCCUAGUUGGAUGCAGCUCCAAGGCGCUAGUCCUCAUGCCUCGAGAUAAAGUACUGGAUUAAAUAAGAACCUAGGAAACGGUCUUAUUCAGAGUCAGCAGAAAAAGGGAGAAGCGUGUCUCAGACGGGUUGGAAAAGAUGGAUGUCCGAUAUGAUGUUAGCCUGACAGUUUUUGCCUUGCACGAGCUUCCUUCAAGGGCUUAUCUCACUGAUUUCCUUAUAAACUUUGGGUGGCCUUUGUUCAGCUUGUGGAGAAAUUUGCAAGACUGGAUGCUUCCUGUGUGCAUAUACUGAGUCAGUCACGUGGUUCGGAAUUCGUAACCUAGACCUUGGCUGAGAGCAGUUACAAGGCCACUGGAGAGAGCUGCCACUGGGGAAACAGAGGAGGCUGUUUUAAACAGAGACUCUUUGUCCCUCAGUAUUGCCAACACUGGCUGGCAGCAGCUCUCCGAUAAGGGUACUUUGGAUAAGGAGCGUUCCUGGCCCUACCAGAAUUGAGCUAGGGACCAAGACCAUUAGGCCUGAACUGGGUGUUAAGAGAUACUUAAAGGUAAAGGUAAAGGGACCCCUGACCAUUAGGUCCAGUCGUGACAGACUCUGGGGUUGCGGCGCUCAUCUCGCUUUAUUGGCCAAGGGAGCCGGCGUACAGCUUCUGGGUCAUGUGGCCAGCAGGACUAAGCCGCUUCUGGCGAACCAGAGCAGCGCACGGAAACGCCGUUUACCUUUCCACUGGAGUGGUACCUGUUUAUCUUCUUGCACUAUGACAUGCUUUUGAACUGCUAGGUUGGCAGGAGCAGGGACCGAGCAACGGGAGCUCACCCAAUUGUGGGGAUUCGAACCGCCGACCUUCUGAUUGGCAAGUCCUAGACUCUGUGAUUUAACCCACAGCACCACCCGUGUCCCCCUAAGAGAUACUUAUUUUCUAGCAAAUGCGCUCUGGACUGAGUACUCCAUUGUCCUUUAACUGAACGGGUUGCUCUCUCCCUGCAAAUCAUUUUGCAGAGUUUUCACGUCCAUUCUGAUGAAGACAACCCAGAGCGGAUCCGGCAGAUCAUCAAGAGAUCCAUUGAAGAUGCUGACUGGGUGAUGGAAAAAGUGAGUAUUCCUUGCAGUUUUCUGGUUCUGUGAAGAGGGAUUGAUUGCCAAACUGAGCUCUCUGAGAGGAACACAACUCUCGGCACCCUUAAAACUACAGCUCCCAUAAUCCUCUGGGGUAAGCCACAGGUGCCUGAAGGUGGCUUCCGCCUGGAUUCUAAGGAGGACCUGCAGCCAAAGACUUACAGUGGGGGUGAGUUUGUGGAAAUGGCAAAAUUGACGGCAAUCAUUAGAGGCCAUUCAAAUCAGAGAAUAAUUAAAAGAGUGGCAUGGAGUGAAGGAAUACAUGAAAAAAUAUGGUUCCGGAACUGGAAUAUUAAUAGAUAAUGUGUAAAACAUGCAGGGGUAAGCAAGGAUCAAUUGAAUAAGAAUCAAUUGAAUAAUUAUUAAACUACAAGAACACAACAAGAUGGAAGAAGUUAAAAAAAAUAUUGAGAUCACACAUGGGUGAAGGGGAGUGGGGGGUAUAGGGGAAUUUAUAAAAAAUUAUAAUAUAAUAUUUCUAAUUGCGUUCCAUUUAUAUAUAGCAAAGGGAAGUCUAUAGCAAUUAGGUAUAUUUUAAUCUAGUCAACUUUGUAAUAGGCUUAUGUUACAAAAUGAAUAUGGAUUUUGAAUUUGAUGUUUGUAAUUCUUUUUCGGUUUUGGAAUAAAGUUAAAAAAAAAGAAAAGACUUACAGUGGGGGUGUGUUCCUGUUCAAUAUGCCAGCCAGCCAGCUUUGCCCUUUUCUAGCACGCUCCAUUCCGGACUCCACUCUCUUCCCAUUGAGGAGAGACAAAGCUGGCCAAAGUCACUCCUAGCCACAGAGGACAAUUGGGCACAUGGGGACAAGGAUGUAUCCCGCAGCAGCCCCAAGCUAUGCCAUUGCUCUUUCAGAGGGGCUGCGACCCCAUCCAGCACAGGUAGCUUGCCUGCGUCCCAGAAGUUUUGCUUAUUUCCUUCCUGUUUCCCUCUUUCCCUUUUAGUAUAAGAAAAGAAAGUAGGCCGGAAAGAGUUAGAUGGACAGAAGACGCCUCGUUUCUUGAAUCAAUUUGGGUUCAGAGGACCAGAGUGGAUCAGCAGCCCUCGUCUUUCUCCGGUUGCAAAAUGUACGAUGGCGAACCCUACCUCGGCCUCCCUGGGGUGAGCUUUUCAAAGCUCUUUGCUUUCAGUGAUCAUCCAUUGGCACAGACAAGCAGGAUGCUGUCGCGAUUUACCAGAUUUCGGUUUCAGACUUAAAUGCUGAACUCCCUUGACAAGGGAGUCAAGGCUUUUAGCUGAAAUAUAGGGAAUGCUCGAAUCUCGAAAAAGGAGUCGUUUGAGAUCUCAGGAUGGAAAGUUGUGUCUACAGGAUUCUGCUUAGGGCUGAAUAAUGAACGUCGCUGUGUUUUGCUGGAAUUCAGAUAAACAAGACACCCUUGGAUUGAAGACUGUUGCUUGCUUUGAAAUCUUCAUUAAAAACAAGUGCAUGGUAGCUACACUUCUGCUUACAGCCAAUAAAUCAGGUGCCGUUCACACGCUGAAGAGUCAAGGAUCUCUUUGCUGAUUUAAAUUAAAAUGCCCACAGGCUGUACAAAAAACCCCAAUGUAUGUGCCAUUUGUAAUUCAGUUUUAAGAAAGUGUGCCAGAUUACAUUACAUGAAAUUGCUUUUUUUGGUAGCCAAAAGGCAAAGAAUUCAUAUUUACUUUACAAUGAUAUGCCUUGCUUUUCAUUUCAUCUGCGCUUCAAAGUGUCCUACAAAGAUCUAAAACGCUGAAAAAUAAAACAUAGGAACCCCAAGA